AUGCAGUUUUAUUACCACUGCAUCACAGGCCUGGAGAGCACUGCCAGCCCAAUUGCGCUGCUUCAGAGCAGGCUGUGGAAGCCAGAUCCGACUGUCUCCGGUGGAGCGACCGCCGCUCAGGGGGUGCAGGCAAUUCCUGCCAACACAUUCCCGAGGCUCCAGCUGACCGUGAGCAGCAAAGCGAAGGCCAAGGCUUCCUCCCCCAGCUCCACCCAGCAACAGAAGGCUGUGGAGAAGCGCAGGAUCAGCAGAGAGGGGCAUCCUGGCAAGCUGCUGAAGCGGCGGGAGGGGCUUCCCCUGCCUGUGCUGCCCAGCUGGGGAUCAAGACAGCAAGACGUGGAGAAGCAGCCCUCUGUCAUCGUGUACCCCCUGCGUCCAGGCAGCUCCCGCAGGAAGAAGGAAGCAGGCAGGCAGGAGCCAGCGCCUCCAGCCAGGCCCACCUCAGCACUCCCAUCCUCUGAAGCCUGCAAGAGAGCGCUGCAGGGCGUCUGGGAGCUGUCUGAGCAGUGGGACGAGGUGGAGCACCUGCGGUCCGGGUACAGGGAUCGGGUACAGAAAGCUCAGGCAGAAUGGGCCACGUGGGAAGCCUGGUCGGCAGGGGAGCACCGGCAGCCGCCCAAGGAGCUCAGCACUAGCGGCCUGUGGGCUCCCCACCCUCCAGCCCAGUCCGGGGGCAAGGAGGACAAGGAGGACAAGAAGAGGUGGAGGAAGGCUGAAAACGCUCUCCCAGAAGAGGAGAUGGCAUCAGCAGCCCAGCUGAAAAGGCUCCAGCCUGGCAACCUUUCCCCACGAGCCACCCAGGUCCUGAAAAGGCUGGAGCCGCAUCAAGCACGGCGGGACAUAUUCAAGCAUGUUGUUGAGACCAACAGGCAGAAGCUGGAGCAGCAGAGGCAGCUCCCCUGCGCUCGAUGCUCGUCCGGCAACAGAGGGGAAGGUGCCAGGAGCAGCAGCUGCAGCAGCGGGGCUGCGAGCAAAGGGGCUGGGAGGCUUCCCAGCUGCCAAAGUCCACCUAAAAAAGCAAAAUAA